UAUAAAAUGGGAAACUAAAAUGCUAGAAUAGAUGAUAGCAAUCCUUAACCCAAUUUUACUAUCCAACAUAAUCCAUAUGCUAUACAGUAAAAUACAAUAAAUUCUAAUACAAAUCAAAUCCUAAGUCCUGAAGAAUUUUAAUAAUAGAAUAUUUAAAUUGCUAAUUAAUAAUAAUCUCCAGAUUUAUAAGCACAACUAAUUUAAUAAGGAAUUCCUAUUGUGUAAACGUUUGAGAUUGCAUAAAUACCUUAACAGUUAAUUUCAAAUUAACUUAAAGAUUAACCAUUCAAAAUAUAAAAACAAGAAAUUCUUAAGGCACUUAUCAUGUAUCUAGUAAUAUAAGUUAUUUCAUUUAUAUUAUUUUUUUGGUUAUAUAUGAAAUUUUCGAAAUAAACACAAUCUGUUUAAAUAAACCUUCCAGAUUGGUGGACUAUUAUAAUUGUACAUCUUUUAGUAAUUAUAUCAGGAAAAUUUUAAUUUUUUUAAAAAGUAAUCAUCAUUAUAUAAUAUAGAAUUCGAUUGCAAUAAUCAGAACUUUAAUCAUAUUAAUGAAUUUAUGUUUAUUUAAUGCAAAAGCCUUUUUUUUUAACUAAUAAUAUAGUAGUUUUAAUGAAAAUCAACAAAUUGAGGCUCUUUAAUUACUUAUAGUAAUCUUAAUAACGAUAUUGUAUAUUAAUUCUGAAUAGAUAGAGAUCAGUUUAAAAAGUAAUAAUAUUUAAAAAAUAAUUUAGAGUAUUAUAAAAUUUUACUUCCUUGUUUAUUGAUAGGAUUUGUAACUAUAUUCUUUAAUAUUUUUCUGAUUAUAAUUGUGUUCUUCAGUGGAACUAUUUUAUUAAUUGUGCUUAGAUAAUUGAUGAAUGGGAGAGUAUAUUUUGAAUUUAUUAUAUAGUUUCAAUUACAAAAAGGUUAGACUUUUGGGAUAUGUAAUGCAAUUUUUUUAGGAUUAUUAGUUCCAUGCAAUAUAUGUUGA